GUGUCUGCCAGUGUAAAGAUCCACAUUGGAUAAAGGGUAAACUUGUUACAGAUUCUCUCUUUAAAAGGCAUCUGUGCAGUAGUGCAAUUUGAAUAAUAAAGUAUUUCACUUUAAAAGCUCAACGUCACUGUUUGCAGAAAAUUUCAUGCUGAAAAACAGAAGCAAUUAAUGGAUGAAUAUGACCAGAUUUCUCCAUCAAGUUCUCAGCCUGAUAAGGAAAAUCCCUUUUUGUCAGGCUAAUGAAGCAUUCAAAGAAGACAUAUGACUCUUUCCAAGAUGAACUUGAAGAUUAUAUUAAAGUACAGAAAGCCAGAGGCUUAGAACCGAAGACUUGUUUCAGAAAGAUGAGAGAGGACUAUUUGGAGACCUGUAGGUACAAAGAAGAGAUGGAUUCCAGACCCCGGUACAGGAUGUUUGAUCAAAGACUCCCACCUGAAGCCAUCCAGAUGUACCCAGCAUCAUGCAGUGUCUCACCAAGCAUGGAGAACCGCUUACCCCAGUGGUUACCAGCUCACAGCAGCAGGCUGAGACUAGACUCUCUGAGCUACCGUCCGUACACCAGGGACUAUUUCUCCCAAAAGCCAGUACCCCUGCACCUUAGUCAGCAAGGAUACAAUUACGGCCCCUGCAGUGUAGAAUCUGGAGGCUACAGGCACCUCUCCUCGGAAGGCAGCCCCAGAGCCUAUCAAGCCAGUCACAAACAGAGCAUUCUGUGGUGUUUAUUGGUUAAUGUGGUGUUGGUGUGGUUGUAA